AUGGCCACCCAACGGAAUGUGAUAAUUUUUGGUGCAACUGGUGAUGUUGGUUCGGCCGCAGCACUUCAAGCCUACCAAGAAGGAGCCAAGGUCUCUCUCGCCGUCCGGGACCCCAAAAAGCCCAUUCCCAGAUUGAGUGGCAUCCAGUUCGACAAAGUCCCAGCAGAUCUUACCAAGCCCGAGACAGUUGAAGCUGCCGUGCGGCAGACUGGUGCGACUGUGGCCUUCAUCUAUGUUGUCGGAGAUGGUAACAUGCGGCCGAGUCUCCAAGCCCUCAAAGCAGGCGGAAUCAAAUCUAUUGUUUUCUUGAGCAGUUUCACUAUCGAGGAUGAUAUUCGUGCUGUUCCGUCUACCGACUUCAUUGCUUUCCGGCACGCGCAAGUUGAGAUCGCGCUAGAGGAGGUAUUCGGGAAUGAGAACUUCGUUGCGAUCCGUCCGGCUUACUUCUCGAGCAACUCGUUGAAUUUCAAGGAGGGCAUUCUCCGUGGAGAAACCGAGUUGCCAAAUCCAGUUGCUGAGUUUGACUGGAUUUCUCCAGCUGACGUCGGACGAGUGUCUGGCAUGAUUCUCGCUCAUGGUAGUAAAGAAAACGUCAUUGGACUUGUUGGACCAGAGAAAUUGGCACUCAAAGAUGCGAUGAGUGUGAUUGGUGAUGUUCUAGGGAAAUCCAUAAACGUCAUCAAGAUUGGUGAAGCCAAGGCUUUGAAGCAGAUGAGCGAUGCGGGAAUCCCGUUGCCAGUGGCUAAUUGGAUGCUGGACAAUGCUAUACGGAACCCAGGCGCAUCUUUCCGCGCGCCUGGGUACUUGGAAGCUCUGGGAAAUGUCCAUAAGUACACUGGAAAGGCUCCGGCGAAUUUUAGGCAGUGGAUGGAGGAGAAUAGAGAUCGGUUCAAAGCUUGA